GCGCCGUUAUGUGUUUCGGUAUCACAAGGGUAAAAAAAGUCUCCAAUACCUGCCUACACUUGCCGCUGCAUGGACAACACCCGUAAAACCGAUCAUUUAUUCUCUCUCGCAAGCGCUGCCGACCCACGAAACGCAAAACGUAUGCUGUUUUUACACUCGUGGAUAUAUUUAAGAAGCCGUGUCGGAAAUUAUAAUCGGAACAUCAAAUGGAUGACUUGUAAUAAACUAAUCCCGGAGUUUCGCCUGAAACUUGCAAGAGUUCCUCGAAGUGUCCACGCAGGGCUACUCGUUUACUGAGGGUGUAACAGGAAGUGCCUUCAAUUAAUAAUGGGGAGCAAAGAAAAGUAUCACUGGCAGACGCAGAAUGUGAAAGUGAGCGGAGUGGAUGACAUGGUCCUCCUCUCCAAGAUCAGUGAAGAUGCCAUUACAGAUAACCUGAAGAAAAGAUACAUGGAUGAUUAUAUAUUUACAUACAUCGGUCCUGUGCUGAUAUCGGUCAACCCUUUUAAACAGCUGCCGUAUUUCACAGAUCGUGAGAUUGAACUCUACCAGGGAGCUGCCCAGUAUGAGAAUCCCCCCCACAUCUACGCACUGGCCGACAACAUGUACCGCAACAUGAUGAUUGAUUCAGAGAAUCAUUGUGUCAUUAUAAGCGGAGAAAGUGGAGCAGGAAAGACAGUCGGAGCAAAAUACAUCAUGGGCUAUAUUUCUAAAGUGUCAGGAGGUGGCUCUAAAGUUCAGCAUGUGAAAGACAUUAUUCUCCAGUCUAACCCGCUCCUGGAGGCUUUUGGGAAUGCUAAAACUGUCCGCAACAACAACUCCAGUCGCUUUGGAAAGUACUUUGAAAUUCAGUUCAGCCGCGGAGGAGAACCUGACGGUGGAAAGAUCUCUAACUUCCUUCUGGAAAAGUCUAGAGUGGUGUCUCAGAACCAAGGCGAAAGAAGUUUCCAUAUUUAUUACCAGCUCUUGCAAGGAGCCAGCAAAGAGCAGAGAGAGAAUUUAGGCGUCACCACGCCGGAUUAUUACUUCUACUUAAACCAGUCCGGCACCUACACGGUGGAGGACAUCAGCGACAAGAAUGAGUUCGCAGACACCAUGGCUGCCAUGUCAGUGGUCGGUCUUUCUAUGGAUGAACAGGACACCGUGUUACAGAUUGUGGCAGGAAUCCUCCAUCUCGGUAACCUCGCUUUUAGGGAGGAGGGCAACUACGCUGUGGUGGAGAGUGAAGAUUUCCUGGCAUUCCCCUCAUACCUGUUGGGAAUUAAUCAGGACGGUCUGAAGAGUAAACUGACCAGUCGCAUCAUGGACAGCAAGUGGGGUGGCAAGACGGAGACCAUUUCCGUCACUUUGAACACGGAGCAGGCCUCCUUCACCCGGGAUGCCCUCUCCAAAGCGCUCUAUUCUAGACUCUUCGACUAUCUUGUUGAUGUCAUAAACAAGGCGAUGCAGAAAGACCACGAAGAGUUGAACAUUGGCGUUUUAGACAUCUACGGCUUUGAAAUCUUUCAGAAAAACGGAUUCGAGCAAUUUUGCAUUAACUUUGUAAAUGAGAAACUGCAGCAGAUUUUCAUCGAGCUCACGCUAAAAGCAGAGCAAGAAGAGUAUGUACAAGAAGGAAUCAAAUGGACCCCCAUUGAGUACUUCAACAACAAAGUCGUAUGUGAUUUAAUUGAGUCCAAAGUGAAUCCUCCUGGUAUCAUGAGCAUCCUGGAUGAUGUGUGUGCCACCAUGCAUGCUAAAGGAGAGGGUGCAGAUCAGACUCUUCUGCAGAAACUACAGUCACAAAUCGGCGCUCACGAGCACUUUAACAGCUGGAACAAGGGUUUCAUAGUACACCACUAUGCAGGCAAAGUGUCUUAUGAUGUGAGCGGCUUCUGCGAGAGAAACAGGGACGUGCUGUUCAAUGACAUCAUCGAGCUCAUGCAGAGCAGUGAGUUCGCCUUCAUCCGAGAUUUGUUCCCAGAGAACCUUGAGGCUGAGAAAAGAGGCCGUCCCACCACUUCUAGUUCAAAGAUUAAGAAACAGGCAAAUAAUCUGGUUCAGACAUUGAUGAAAUGCACCCCUCACUAUAUCCGAUGCAUUAAGCCCAAUGAAACCAAGAAGUCUCGUGAUUGGGAGGAAAGCCGAGUCAAACAUCAGGUGGAGUAUCUGGGAUUGCGGGAGAACAUCCGCGUGCGCCGGGCGGGCUACGCGUUCCGCCGUGUCUUCAAGAAAUUCCUGCAAAGGUACGCCAUCUUGACCAGAGAAACGUGGCCCCAGUGGCAAGGGGACGAGAAACAGGGUGUCCUGCAUCUUUUAAGAUCUGUCAAUAUGGAUUCUGAUCAGUACCAGCUGGGCAAGACUAAAAUCUUCAUCAAGGCUCCAGAAUCAUUAUUUCUGCUGGAAGAGAUGCGGGAAAGAAAAUACAACGGACAUGCUCGGGUAAUCCAGCAAGCAUGGCGCAAACACAUCGCUGUGCGCAAGUAUGUCCGCAUGCGAGAGGAGGCAUCUGACCUCCUGUUGAAUAAGAAGGAGAGAAGGAAGAACAGCCUGAACCGCAAUUUUGUAGGCGACUACAUCGGCACAGACAACCGCCCUGAAAUCCGUCAGUUUGUGGGUCGCAGGGAGAGAAUCGACUUCGCUGACGUGGUGGUCAAAUACGACCGCAGAUUUAAGAUUGUCAAGCGGGACCUUAUUCUCACCCCUAAGUUCCUCUAUCUGAUUGGACGGGAGAAGGUGAAGCAGGGUCCUGAGAAAGGGCAGAUUCAGGAGGUGAUGAAGAGAAAGAUUGAGUUAGAGAAGAUCCAGUCUGUUUCUCUCAGCACACUACAAGAUGACUUCUUUAUAUUGCACGAGGAGCAAUAUGACAGCGUGCUGCAGUCCGUCUUCAAGACAGAAUUCCUCAGUCUGUUGUACAAACGCUACGAGGAGAAAACCCGGAAGAAGCUUCCACUUAAAUUCAACAAUCUACUUGAAUUUAAGGUGAAGAAAGGAGGCUGGGGUCCGUUCUCAUCCGCUGGUUCUCGGCAGAUCCAGUUUCAGGUGGGGCAGGGGGACGAGGCGGUUCUGAAACCAAGCAGUAAAGUCCUGACUGUCGGUAUUGGACAAGGUCUUCCUAAAAAUACAAGACCCACUCGCCGUGACAACCGAAAGAGCAGGUCCAUCGGAAACACGAAUCCCAAAGCAGGCCAGUAUUCUCGUGAACCUUCCAAAACUGAUGGUCGAGGAAGAGGAACUCAAGGUCCUCAACCCUACGUGAGGAACUCUCUGCUGCGUCAGCAGUCCACUAAGGAACAGCCCACCUUACCCCGACAUGGAGGUUCACGUCGCAGUCACCAUGACAGCCAAGUCUACGCAGACAUGGGCUUCAUGGAAGUUCCUGACCAAGGAGUGGCAGGAAUGCAUCGCAGACGUUCAAAAGAGUACAAACCUCUCCCAGGGUCAGGACGCCCUAAACCCGCCCCCAAACCGAAGCCCCGCACCCCACAAUGCAAAGCGCUCUACAUUUAUGACGCUCAGGACACUGAUGAGCUCAGCUUUCAAGCAGAUGAUAUUAUAGAAAUAGUAACUGAAGACCCCUCGGGUUGGUGGUUUGGGCGUCUGAGAGGAAAGGAAGGCAUGUUUCCUGGAAACUAUGUUGAAAAGCUCUAAAUUGAAAUUGUACUGUAAAAAAUUCAGUGGUUCAUUAUAUUACAUGUAAUAUACCCAAAGGAUGUUUUAGGCUAACAAAAAUGUGUUUAAAAAAUUUACUUAAAUACUACUUUGGAACACCUACAACUUUUAUGCGAUUCAGUUUUUAAUGCAAUCUUAGCGGAAUGUUGAAGAAUCUCAUAAUUUUGACUCCCCAUGUUAUUUCAUGUAAAACGCAAGAUCUUUUUAAAUGUCUUUAUGAGAAUUUAAUAGAUGUAUCAAUAUUUUAAUGUACUGUUUGUGUGUAAUUUUACAAAAGUCGUAUUUUUAAAGAUUCUUUUUUACUUGUACUGUUGUAAUUUUGUAAAAUCAGAAAAGUGUCUUCAAAAACUAGUUGAACAAAAAUAAAGAGGAACCGUUUG